AAAAAACAUACAUUACAAUUGAUUCAAAAUGUCGCACAAACUGCUUUUCUUGGCAGCGUUAGGCAUCAUUGUUUACACUGCAACGCCCAUACAUGCAGGCGUACUGCGUAACACUGAGCAACCAGCUGGCUCGCCAUUGGAAGUGGCGCAAGCCAGAGCAAGUAAUCCGCCGGAGAGCACAACCAACGAUCCAACUGCGGCGGAUUCCGCAGCACUCAGCAAGGAUCAAGAUGCAACGGUAAGGAUUGCUGUAGCUUCGCUAGAUCCAGCGCCGAGCACCGUAGAUGGCAUUGAGAUUUCUUUGGAUACAGUAGACGAGGAAAAAGAGGAGUCAGAGCAAAAAGAGGAGGAAGAAAAGCAGCCAGAAGCAGCCGCGAAGUCCAAAGAUGAAGUCAAUGACAGCAAAAAGGAGUUCGCGCCAGCUUUAAGCGGAGACGAAGCGGCUAGCAUUAAAGUAAACGCUCACGAAAGCGAUGAUCUUGCAAAAGAUGUACCACUGAGUAGCGCUGAGUUUGUGUCCAACGCUCCGUCAUCCUCCAAGUUGCUACUCCUUAGCACGCCUCGACUCGCACGCGAGCAGGAAGAGAACAUUUCAGAGCCCGAAGAUGUUGACAUCAACACAGCUGUUUCUACCGAUGAGACCACCGAGCUGAGUGUGGAAGUGCAAACUGAGAACGAGAAGUCCAGCGAAGAAAGCAAGGAAAGUGAAACCGAUAAACCCAACUUCAUUACGCGCGUACGCGAUGCGCUCUUUGGCAAGAAAUCCGCGGACGAGCCAACCAAAGCAGCUGACAAGCCGGAUAAGAGAGAAGAAGCAAAAACCGAUUGCGGAUNUGCUGCUGCUGCUGCCGAACAGGCACCCGAGACGCAAAAUAACAAUGCCGCAACGGCAGUGCUCAUCGAAACCGAGGCCGAUUAUGUGCUCGUCGAUUCGGAUGUAGAGCACCUGGAACAUUUGGGCAGUUUCACGCACGCCGAUAGCGAGGAAUAUCUGCAGCCGAUUGUACACUCGGUGGAAGUGGUGCCAACGCAUUUCGAAGAACCGUUGCUGUUCACGAGUAGUUACGUGCAUGCCUGGUAGCCGCUUGGCGUAAGCCGAAUGGGAAAGAAAUUAUUGUUAGCUUAGUUUUAAUGGAAUCAUUUACAUAGGUUCAUCAAAACACAGUUCUAUUUUUACGCACUACCCUCAGAGCUCCGAACUACAUACAUCUUUUUCGUUUUUAUAGCUAAUAGUCAUUGUAGUUUCUUACAUAUGUAU